UUACCGCUCCGCCGGCCCGCCGCCAUUGUAGCGCUCGGAGCCCUCAGCGCGGCCGAGGCGGAGCCCGCGGCGGGAUGGCCGAUGCCGACAAGCCCGAGGCGGCCUCGGGCGACGACGGUCCGCAGCAGCAGGCGCCGCCGCCGCUGGCCGAGUCUCGCCGGGACCCGCACCCUGCCGAGCCCGAGAAGCUGCAGCAGCGCCAACGGCCCUGGGCUACCAAGGAGAAUGAUGAAUCAGUGAAAGAAGAAAAAUCUGAUUUAAAAGAAAAGUCUACAGGAAAUAAGAAGGCCAAUCGAUUUCAUCCUUAUUCAAAAGAUAAGAAUUCGGGUACCGGAGAAAAGAAAGGUCCAAAUCGGAAUCGAGUGUUCAUUAGCAACAUCCCCUAUGACAUGAAAUGGCAGGCUAUUAAAGACUUGAUGAGAGAAAAAGUUGGUGAGGUUACAUACGUGGAGCUCUUUAAGGAUGCGGAAGGAAAAUCAAGGGGUUGUGGUGUGGUUGAAUUCAAAGAUGAAGAAUUUGUAAAGAAAGCACUAGAAACUAUGAACAAAUAUGACCUUAGUGGAAGACCUCUGAAUAUUAAAGAGGAUCCUGAUGGAGAAAAUGCUCGCCGGGCACUGCAGCGAACAGGAACAUCAUUUCAAGGAUCACAUGCCUCUGAUGUGGGAUCUGGGUUGGUGAAUUUGCCACCUUCCAUUCUCAAUAACCCAAACAUUCCUCCUGAGGUUAUCAGCAAUUUGCAGGCUGGUAGACUUGGUUCCACAAUUUUUGUUGCUAAUCUUGACUUCAAAGUUGGUUGGAAGAAGCUAAAGGAAGUGUUCAGCAUAGCUGGAACUGUAAAACGGGCAGAUAUUAAAGAAGACAAGGACGGCAAGAGCAGAGGCAUGGGCACUGUCACUUUUGAGCAAGCCAUUGAAGCAGUUCAAGCAAUUUCCAUGUUCAAUGGGCAGUUUUUAUUUGAUAGACCUAUGCAUGUGAAAAUGGAUGACAAAUCUGUCCCUCAUGAAGACUACCGCUCCCAUGAUAGUAAGACAUCACAAUUGCCACGUGGUCUUGGAGGCAUUGGAAUGGGACUUGGUCCAGGUGGACAACCUAUUAGUGCCAGCCAGUUGAACAUAAGUGGUGUAAUGGGAAAUUUGGGUCCAAGUGGAGUUGGGUUUGGUGGUCUGGAAGCAAUGAAUAGCAUGGCAGGAUUUGGUGGAGUUGGCCGAAUGGGAGAGUUAUACCGUGGUGCAGUGACUAGUAGCAUGGAACGAGAUUUCGGACGUGGUGAUAUUGGAAUAAAUCGAGGCUUUGGCGAUUCCUUUGGUAGACUUGGUGGCAGCAUGGGUGGCAUGAGCAGUGUGACUGGAGGCAUGGGGAUGGGAUUGGACCGCAUGAGCUCCAGCUUCGACAGGAUGGGGCCGGGGAUUGGAGCCAUACUGGAAAGGAGCAUCGAUGUAGACCGAGGUUUCUUAUCGGGUCCCAUGGGAAGCGGAAUGAGAGACAGAUUAGGCUCCAAAGGCAACCAGAUAUUUGUUAGAAAUCUACCUUUUGACUUGACUUGGCAGAAACUAAAAGAGAAAUUCAGCCAAUGUGGUCAUGUAAUGUUUGCAGAAAUAAAGAUGGAGAAUGGCAAGUCAAAAGGCUGUGGGACAGUUAGGUUUGAAUCCCCAGAGUCAGCUGAAAAGACCUGCAGAAUAAUGAACGGCAUCAAAAUCAGUGGCAGGGAAAUCGAUGUUCGCUUGGAUCGUAAUGCAUAAUUUCAAGCAUGGUUGGAACAUUCCUUCGUCUGUUUAUUGAAUCUCCUAGUAAAAGUCAUUUUUUUAGUAAUGUUGUAUGCUUACAAAUGCUGUAAAAAUGAACUUUUAAAACUCCCACCAGCUUUUAACAGUAUAAUGUUGAAAAAUAUACUGUGAUUUUCGUUAUCUCAAGUUUGCGUUUCUAAAGUUGGCAAGUCUGGUCAUUGAGUUUCAGUGGAUGGACACACCAUUUUUAAUGAAAUAAGCAGCCAUUUUGUUGUUUCCAGUAGUAGGGUUUGUUUGUUCUAAUUUCCCCAAUCUUAUUGUAAGUUGACAUCCCCCUCACCCCCCCCCAAAAAAAAUCUCUGCUUUGUAUCUAAUUGUUAAUGAAAAGAAAGGGCUCAGACAAAUUAGGAUAUGAUUUUGGUUUGGUUUAAAUUACUUUUCUCUGCUUUUAAAGAAUAGUAAUUAAGUAUUACAUUCUAAAGUUGAGGAUGUUUCUUAUUUGACCUAAAUGAAGACCUGUUUUGUUUUUUUUUUCCUUUUUUGUCCCUCUACCAUUUCCACCUUUCCCACAUAACACUAUUAAAAGUAUCAAAUUCCACAGCCCCUUAUUCUGUUACUUCCAAUAAUUCCAAGUUCAUAGAGAACUGAUAAGGUAGCAAGUCCUAAGUAUAACACUAGGCAGACCACCCCCAACUUUCUGUCUAGUUUCCAGCCAUUAAAA